UCUCCGCGCGAGUCCAUUCCAUGCUCACUCAUUUCACCAGAAAACAAAAUAUUAGUUUAGCUUAUUUAAUUGUUAAACAAUUUACUAAUGCAGACAUCUUCAAACAUAAGCAAUUGCGACACAAUUUUUAAAUACAGCAGCAGUGCUGACUUUCUCUAAUCGUGAAAGUUCUCCGAAGAAAUUAUUCAGUUCCAUUAGGAAUUGAAAGUUUGGAGUGGGAGGCAAUUCUAAUUUCGAAACGUUACAAAUUGAAACCAGAUGUCAAACCCAUUGAAUUAGCAUUAUCAGCCAUUGUCAAAAAAUGCCUAGCGUGAUAAAAUCCCUCCUGAUGUCGUCGAAAUUUGGAUUCCGAUAUAGUGCAACACACCCCUCAUUCAGAAGAACCAUCAUUUCCCUACAAACUCCACCCCUCACACGGCCCUUUAGUCAGUCAGCACCUCGACCCAACUAUGAAGGCGAUGGAAAAACGACAGUAACAAUUCUAAACCACGAAAUCGACUCGCCUCUCAUGGUCGACGGUUAUCAUGAGAAUGGCUUCAAGCUCAACAAUGGUUUCAAUGUGCGCGGACCUAUGGCACUCUUCCCGAAAUCCGUUCUCGCAUGGGACGUUGGCAACGCGUCGCAGAUAACGCCAGAGUCACUCGCAUUAUUUACCCUGCUAGAACCAAAGCUGGACGUUUUGAUCAUCGGGGUGGGCGACGCUGGGAAACAAAUCCCAAAAGAAACAAUUAAAGCGCUCCAACUGAAAAAGAUCAAUUUCGAAAUCCUUCCCACCGAUCAUGCCCUUGCGACGUUUAACUUUCUAAAUUUUGAGCGGCGUUGCGUUGCGGCCGCACUGCUGCCCCCGUUGACCAUUUCAUACGGGUCGGAAGACCUGCUUAGAAAUAGGAUGGAUAAGAAAAAAAUGUACGAUCCGACCGAGAUUGAUUAGUAAAAAGUUUAAUAAUGUUAAUGUUAAGCAUUUGUUUUAAAACGCUUAUAUAAUUGUUUCUUAGUAAUAAAAAUGAAAGUUCAUCUCGUGAUAA